AUGGCGACCCGGGCAACGAGAAACCUUUCCACCACCCUCCUACGCCAACUUAGUCGGCGGGAUGUCACCGAGUUGACGAUGUGCCGGCAGUGUCGGCUUCGGUCUCGCGGCGUCCACACUGGCACUCAUCCCUCCCCGAAAGAUGCUCCCCGGGCACCCCCUGUCAAGCUUUCGAAACCCCAUCGGCCGGCCGUCCAGGCGAGGGCGGCUCCGUUCGGAUUGCUGGUCGGGGGCGGCCUAGUUGCCUCUGCGCUGGCCUAUUCUCAGUCUGUCGAUGAGGGCGCGAGGAUAGAGGAGGUAGCUGCGGUCGCGAAGGACGAGCGGGACCCCUCUCUUCCUCGAUUUCGCCUCUCUGACAUACGAAAGCACGGUGCCUCUUCCGGAGAACCGUGGGUUACGUAUGAGGACAAGGUGUACAACAUCACAGACUGGGUCGCCGCGCAUCCCGGUGGCGAUGUGAUCCUCCGCGCAGCCGGGGCUAGCAUUGAGCCGUACUGGAACAUCUUCACCAUCCACAAGGCGCCGCAUGUUCGAGAGAUCCUACAACAGUAUUUGAUCGGGUUCAUCGACGUGGAGGAUCUGGGUCCCGACGGCCGGCCGGCCACAGAGACGAUCGAGGAUCCCUUCGUGAGCGACCCAGUUCGCGACCCGCGCUUGAUUACCCACACGGCCAAGCCACGGAAUGCGGAACCGCCAAACGAGGAACUCGACCGUGCAUUUCAUACCCCGAACGGACUAUUCUAUGUCCGGCAUCACAUGUGGGUGCCAGUGGUGGAAGAGACCAAGGCUGAGCAGCAUACGCUGAGCAUUGAGCUCCCCGAUGGCGAGACGAAACAGUACACUUUGGAGGACCUCAAGUCGAAAUUCCCGGUACACAAGGUCACGGCAGUGCUACAAUGUAGCGGGAACAGGCGAAACGACAUGACCCGACAUGCUGGGAAGACGAACGGCUUGCAGUGGGGGGUUGGGGCGAUCAGCAACGCCGAGUGGGAAGGGGUACGGCUUUCUGAUAUCCUCGCUGACGCGGGACUCAAGGUGCUCCAGCCUACCUCGCCAACACGAAAGGACCGCUCGCCCCCGCAGGACGAAGACCAAGUCGACGCCAACGCCAUGCACGUCCAGUUCACCGGGCUUGAAGCCUACGGCGCGUCCAUCCCGCUCGCAAAAGCGCUCGACCCACGCGGCGAUGUGCUGCUCGCUUUUGGCAUGAACGGCGAGGCGCUCCCUCGCGACCACGGCUUCCCCCUGCGCGCUGUCGUUCCUGGCCAUGUCGCCGCACGCUCCGUCAAGUGGCUCAGCAAGAUCGUGAUCUCCGAUGAAGAGAGCACGAGCCAAUGGCAGCGGCGCGACUACAAAGCCUUCGGCCCCAACGAAGGUGCCAACCCGGACUGGGACCGCGCCAAAUCGAUCCAAGAAAUGCCCGUCACCAGCGCCAUCACCGGUGUCUGGGUCGGCGAUUGCGUGCGCCGCGGCCGCGUACCCUGGAUGGGCAACAACAACACCCAGAACCAAGCCCAGUCACCAAAGUGCUCUUCCAGCACCACCCGCACCGUCGACAUAGCCGCCCUCCCCAAGAAAAUCGGCAUCACCUCCUCCCCAACCUCCUCCACCACCCCCGCCAACGAACCCGUCGCGGCCCAGGGUUAUGCUUACUCCGGCGGCGGCCGCGCCAUCAGCCGCGUCGACGUCUCCCUCGACGGCGGCCAGACCUGGGACCAAGCCGAACUCGUCAACGACUGCACCGCCGAUCCCAACAACCCCUGCCACGGCAACAAGGCCUGGGCUUGGACUCGCUGGCGGUAUGUUGGUGCCUUGCCUGCUUUGGCGCUGCCGACCCCGGAUGCGGCCGAGAAGAAAGAGGAGAGCAGUGAGGAGUGUGAUGACCAGAAAGUCCGACGGCGGAAACACCACCACCAGCAGCAGCGGUGCACGACCCUUGUUGUAAAGGCUACGGAUGACGCGUAUAACACCCAGCCGGAAUCGCAUCGGGGGAUUUAUAAUGUGCGUGGGAAUCUUGCGACGGCGUGGCAUCGGGUGAGGAUUUGUCCAAGGUGUACUACGACUGGUGGUGGUAGCAGCAGCAGCAACGGUGGAGUGACUUGGUCGACGGGGGAGACAUAUGGGUGUGGAUUCCGGAAGGAGGCGGAUGAAGUUGGGGAGGGGAUGAGGAAGAGUGGUGUUGGGAGUGGAGAGGGGAAGUGA